GGUCGCGUCCUUUUGGUUCGUCGCACGAUGCACCACCACCACCUCCUGCAAUGGUGUAACGGUAGCAGAACCACGUUUUGCGACAUCGAAUUUCGGGUAUAAAACCACGGCGAAUGAGUCAAUCAACAUCAAUUUGAUCUUCAACAAUCAAACAAACACAUCAUGUUCAAAUACGUUGUAUUCGCUGCUCUUUUGGCUGUAGCCUUCGCCGAUCCAGAACCUAAGGCUAAACCAGGUGUCUUGGCUGCCGCUCCAGUCGUUGCUGCUCCCUUGGCUUACUCUGCUGCUUACACGAGUCCGCUUGUCGGUGCUGCUUAUGCUUCACCGUACGUAGCAUCUCCAUUGGCUUACUCUGCCGGUUAUGCAGCUCCAGUUGCUUACUCCGCUCACCCGGCUGCCUAUUCUGCUUACCCAGCAGCCUACUCUGCUUACCCAGCUUAUACCUCACCGAUUGUCAAAUAUUUGUAAAUAGAAACUG